AUUAUCACUGCUCCAAGUUGAGUCCCUGUCUUUGGCGAGGAGUAGAAGGCUGGGGAGAGAUUGCUUAACCGCCGGCGAUCCGAAUCCUAUUCUAGUUGACAUACCUAAAGCGUCUCCGGUUCUAGUUGACGCUGAAGCCUCUCUCCGAUUCUGGAUCCAAAUCGUGCGCCGCCGUCCAGAGGCAACGGCGAGGAGACAUAAAAGGUGAGGAGGGAAGUGAGUACUCCUCGUGAGGCGAGGGGAGAAGCCAUGGCGGAGACGCAGCCGUGCAACGGCGACCACAUGGCGGAGGACCACCCGAAACAGGCUGCGGCAGGCGCCGAGGACGCCGCCAUGGACACGGAGGCCGGCGCCGGUGAGGGGCGGGGCGCCGCCGCGGUGGCGGGCCUCCUCCGCGGGUUUCUCGCCGUGCAGCAGCGCCGCGCCGAGGCCUACUCCACGCUACGGAGGGGGUUUUCUGAAUAUAUGGCUAAUGGAGGUGAAUUAGCUUAUCAACAGCUGUGUGGAAAUAUUACAGCGGAGUUCAACGAUUGCUCGAAACAAGUCCUUGAAGUGAUUUCCCUCCUCUCAAUGCCAGAUUUUUGUCGUAGUGAUCUUGCCGAUUUACUGAAGGGUGUUCAAGCACAUGAGAAAGAGAAGUUGCAUUUGACAGCGAAGAUUCAGGUGUUAAAGAAAGCGGGCCGGCCUUCAGAGCGCCUGGUGAACCAUGCGGACUGCAGGUCACGCAGCGUGACCCAGCAUGUGUGCGUGCACGUCAAGGAGAUCACGGAGGCUGCCGGCACCGAGGAUGCCGAGGCGGAUGCAGAAUAUGACGCAGCCCUCAAGGAGGCCAUACAGGGCGUGCAGGAGGCCGUGACCAGCAUAAACGAGCACAUGGAGGAGGUGCGCUACGAGAUCGACGCGCUCGAGGCAGAGACGGCUGGGAGCAGGUUGACCGAGGUUGAGGAGGCGUUCCCUGCUACCCUGUCUAUAAAGUAGAAGAGAUGUUGCGCGCGGCGGAGGACUGAAGAUUACAGGCAGAAGUUGGCCGCGCGUGAAAUGCUUUGGACUCUGUUCAGUUUAGAACUCUCGGUAAUGGAACCUGAAGCAGAUGGAUAUAUAUAUGUAGGUUAACUCAUGUUACCAGUGUUCCUUCUAGAAAGAAUGAAAUUUGAACAGCUGAUGAUAACUCGUUGUAUUUUGUCGAUUCUUUGGAGAAUUUAAGUUUGCCAUCUUUUUGGGCGAUGCA